AUCGUAGUAUUAGUCGAUGGUGCCCUUCCCUUUUGUUGAGUUGAGUCGAUUGAUUGGAGGGUGUUCAGUUCGUCAGUAUACAACACUAGUUUCAAAAUCCAAUCCAACCAAAUCCACAAUCCACUCAAAUUCUAGCACGACAAAAUAACCCCUACUUUCAUCCCCCAAAAAUUAAUAAUUAUUAUGACUACUUAUGAUUUUACUUCAUUUUCUCCUUUAGUUUUAGUGAUUAUUUAGAAAUCCAACAAAUAAACUAAAAGCCACGUACAGUGAAAAGAAAAAUGUAUUGUAAAAUAUUUUUUAUAAAUCUAUCUCGAUACCAAAUCAUCAAAGUGGUCUCAAAAAAACCAAAAUUAUAGACAAUAACUGAAGCAGAAUGAUCUGAUUUUCAUUAUUACAUACUCUCUUCAUGGUGAACAUGGACACUACCGUUGAAAAUUGGGAUCCAGCUCUGACGCGGCUCUUGGCCUCCCUGAGAGAGAUUCAACCCAAAGACAACCCUGGAGAAGACAUUGUGUUCCUGAGUGAACUGCUGCAAUCCAAACAGCUCAAUGCCUUGGUCCAUGUUCACAAUAAGAUUGUGGCAAAAGGGAAGGAUGAGAAGUUCUACCCGCUGCUGUCCAACGCCAUGCAAGUGACCCUAGAGGUGCUGGAGCUGCUGGCAGACGUCUCCUCGGUGGCCGCUGAAUACCAAGAACUCUUGAGUAUACUGCAGAAGCCACAUUUUCAGGCAAUACUAUGUUGUCAUGAUGCAAUUGCUCAAAAAGAUUACUACCCACAUCUACCAGACGUGCCUAGUGAUGCGGAUGAAGAAGAAGAAACUGUUAAAAUUGUUCAGCUUGUGAAGAGUGAUGAGCCCUUGGGUGGAGCUCAGAGUGCCGAACCAAUUGUGGGCGCGACGAUCAAGACGGACGAGGAGACGGGCAAGAUCGUGAUCGCGAGGGUCAUGCACGGCGGUGCCGCCGACCGCUCGGGGCUGAUCCACGCCGGCGACGAGGUCAUCGAGGUCAACGGCAUCAGCGUCGAGAGCAAGACGCCGGCUGACGUGCUGCAGAUCCUGCAAAACUCAGAGGGCACCAUCACAUUCAAACUAGUCCCCACAUACGGAAAAGGCGGUUCGCGCGAGAGCAAAGUGCGAGUUCGCGCUCUCUUCGACUACGACUCGGCUGAAGACCCGUACAUCCCGUGUAAAGAGGCAGGUCUAGACUUCAAACGCGGUGAUGUGCUCCACAUAGUGUCCCAAGAUGACGCGUACUGGUGGCAGGCGAGGAAGGAAGGGGAUAAGAUCAUGAGGGCCGGGCUGAUCCCGUCGCGGGCGCUACAGGAAGGAAGGAUCAUUCAUGAGCGCCAAGCCGACCCGCAGACUUUGGAUGGAGCUAAGCCGGGCAUGUGCGGCCCGUCAGCCGGCGACUGCGCCGCGCCCACGCCUUGCGCCGCGCCGCCGCUGCUGCCGUGCAAGACCGCGCCCAAGGUCAAGAAGAUCAUCUAUGAUAUUACCGAAAACGACGACUUCGACCGCGAGCUGAUCCCCACAUACGAGGAGGUGGCGCGCUUGUACCCGCGCUCGGGGCGCUGCCGCCCGCUGGUGUUAGCCGGGGCGCCGGGCGUGGGCAGGGACGAGCUGCGGCGCCGCCUGCUGGCCAGUGCCCCGGACAAGUUCGUGACCCCGCCGCCCCACACGUCCCGGCCGCAAAAGGCUCACGAGCUGAACGGCAAGGAGUACAUCUUCGUGUCCAGAGAACAGAUGGAGAAGGACAUCGCUGACGGCAAGUUCAUCGAACAUGGAGAAUACAAGGGCAACCUGUACGGGACCACGGCAGAAAGUGUUGAAGAGAUUGUUAACUCAGGUUGCGUAUGCGUGCUAGCGCCGCACUGGCAGGCGCUCAAGAUGCUGCGCACGCCGCGCCUGCGCCCGUACGUCGUGUUCGUGAAGCCGCCGCCGCUGCCCCGUCUCGUGGAGACCAGGACUAACGCACACGCACGCUCGUCAUUCGAUAGUGAGAACUCGAGGGGGUUCACUGAGGAAGAAUUCUCCGAGAUCAUCCGCUCAUCCAACCGCAUAUCCUACCACUACGGCUACAUGUUCGACGAGGAGAUAGUCAACGAGGACCUGGCCACGUCCCUGACGCAGCUGCUGAGAGCCUCGUGGCGGGUGCAGUCGGAGCCGCUGUGGGUGCCCGUGUCUUGGGUGCAGUAAGUUUGAUGAGUCAUC